AUGUCUGAAAGAGUGAGGUAUUUUGCUAGCUGUGCGGCCACAUCCAUCCCGAAGACGGCGCCCGUGUACGGGGCUGACCGGAUUAUGCAUUCCACGGGCGGAGCGGGAAGUCGGACUGCGGCGAAUUGCGGCCGUGAGCUGGGCCCGGCGCAUGAAUUCCCAACGAGGUGCGGUGCGUUUGUAAUUCCGGGCUGCGUGGGGCGCGAGGCUGACCAGAGCCAGGCGCCGGGGGUGGCGGGAGGCGGGGGUCUGCGCGAUGGGAAGUGUCCGGGGUCUGCGGGCAAACCGGCGGCCAGCGGGGGCCGUCUUAUAAGGCGGACGCGCCGUAAAAGUUAUGGCCGGCAGAUUAUCGCCGGAGGCGGCCGUCACGGCGUCACGGCGCCGCGCUCUCCGCGCCCACGCACCACACAAAAGUCCCCGCGCUUCACGGAACCAGGCAGCUGUCCCCCACGGCCUGCACACCCACGGCCGCAGACCAAGUUGUACCGGAUCGCUGGUGGGACAGGGACCGCCGCCAUCCUGAUCCUGGGCUACAUGUUUCAUGAAGACGAGUCGUCAUGUCUUCGUUUCAUGAGCGCCCAAGGUCAUUUACCCACCGGCGCCCCCAGGGCCGAGGAGUAUGUGACAGUGGACACACAGGAAGGCACUAUCAGAGGGAGGCUGGCACAGACGUACACGGGCAAACCCAUGUUCAGGUUCGAAGGUAUCCCGUAUGCAGAACCGCCCAAAUGGGAUCUUCGUUUCCAGGCUCCGCAGAAUGAAACUCUGAAGGCUGUUGUGGUGUGGAUCCACGGCGGUUGCUUCACGUCGUCUUCUGGAACCAGCGGCGUGCCGUACUAUUUCGUGGACAGCGGCGUCAUUUUCGUGACCUUCAAUUAUCGCCUCGGAAUUUUCGGUUUCUUAAGCACUGGUGAUGAAGUCGUUCCUGGAAACAUGGGUCUCAAGGACCAAGUAGAGGCCCUUCGCUGGGUGCAAAGGAAUAUAGCGGUGUUCGGCGGCGACCCACAGCGGGUUACCAUACUCGGUGGAAGUGCCGGAAGCGCGUCCGUUCAGUACCACCUCCUCUCUCCCAUGAGCAAAGGACUGUUCAAGAACGCUAUAGCAAUGAGCGGGUCAGCGUUAAACCCUUGGGCAUUCUCCAAAAACCCAAGCGACAGGGCAAUACGGUACGCCAAAACUUUGGGAUAUAACGGAACGACUUCAACUGAACUUUUAGAAUUCCUGAAAACUAUCGAGGCGAGAACUCUCGUAGUGGACAGAAACAGUGCUUUAUCGGAAGAGGAUAGUGUGAGUUUGUUCACCUGCGUGUGGGCCCCUAGUAUUGAACCAGAAAAUGAUUCCGCGUUUUUGACAGAGGAGCCGCAGAAAAUUAUAGCCGAGGGUCGCUUCAACAAAGUCCCCUUCAUGACCGGAGCACUCGACCUGGAGCAGCUGCGACAAACACAGAAAUAUGGAGUGCUAUACACAGAGGAACAAGUGAGCAACUUAAACGAGAACUUUGAGGAGAUCGUGGGUUGUGACAUCAGGCUGCCGACCAAGGAAGAGCGACUGGAAGGCGCUCGUGCCGUCAAGCAGUUCUACUACAACGGCAGCGACAUCACGUUGGACGACAGCUACACCACAGCGCUGUUCGAUUCGCACCUCUUUUUCGUGGAAGGCGUGGACGGCAUGGUGAGGAGUAUGGCCCGCUACUCCACAGAGCCUAUCUACUACUACCAGUUCUCGUUCAAAGGUCCCCUCAGUGCAUACCCUCACGGCGCAGGGGCGUCGCAUGGUGACGAUCUGAAUUAUUUGUUCAAUAGAAAUACGGUGGAAGCCAAUUCCACUUCAGGCAUAAUCCAGGCUCAAAUGACACAAAUGUGGGUUAACUUCGCCAAAUAUGACAAUCCGACGCCGGAAGUGACAUCACUUGUGCCACUGACGUGGAAACAGUACGACGAGUCUACCCAAUUCUAUUUGCAGAUAACAUCACCGCUUAGUAACGGUACCAAUGUGUUUGGUCCGUACAUGAAAUUCUGGCACGACCUGCUCCCUCUUAGUUAA